UCACUGAUAAAAAAAAAUCGAACACAAUGAGUCACUCACUGGUCCGGAGAACCACAUCAAAAAACCCAAUAUUAUUUCAGUAACAACAACAAAGAAUACAAAGCUGAAUCACAUAAAGCCCAUCAAGCAACUGGCAAAGCGCUGAAUGGACAGUUUUGUUGCUGGUGCCGGUGGAGAGAGUCACCUUCAGCGCAGUACAAGUGGGCGAUCAACGGCCCUAUUUUUCAUUUUCACUUUUGGUUUGUUUUUGCAACGAGCGCAAAUGUUUGCAAAUGCGGCGGUAACGCCAACAACUGCGUCGCCGAGCAGCGAUAUAGGCAGCGAGAAGUUAAAAAUACCAUCAACUGCAAUGGACAUGGAGGCACCUGCAAAGGAAACGAGCGCCGAGAUGACGGAGAUAAUGAAUGAUGAUGGGGCCAAAGGUACGAAAAUUGAAAGCCAGACAGACACUGCGACUAUGGUGAUGACUGAAAUGAAAAUGAGCAACAAGGAGAAUGACUGGUGGCAGCAUAUGGUACUCUAUCAGAUCUAUCCACGCUCGUUUAUGGAUACCAAUGGCGAUGGUGUAGGCGAUUUGCAAGGCAUUAUAAUGAAACUACCGCAUCUCGCUGAGACUGGCAUUCACGCUGUUUGGUUGAGUCCGAUUUUCAAGUCACCUAUGGUGGAUUUUGGCUACGACAUAACUGAUUUCAAAGACAUUCACACGGAAUACGGUACAAUGCAAGACGUCGAUAAGCUGAUAACGGAAUCGAACCGCUUAGGAAUUAAAAUAAUCAUGGAUUUUGUGCCGAAUCACACGUCAAAUCAGAGUGAAUGGUUUGAGAAGUCGAUUAACCGCGAAGAUGGCUUCGAGGACUUUUAUAUUUGGGCUGAUGCAAAAAAGGAUAAGGAUGGCGAGCGGAUGCCACCAAAUAAUUGGCAAUCGGUGUUCUACGGCUCCGCGUGGACAUGGAAUGAGAAACGUAGCCAAUAUUAUCUGCAUCAAUUCACAGCUGCCCAACCAGAUUUGAACUUCCGCAAUCCCAAAGUAGUCGAAGCCAUGGAUGAAAUCCUACACUUUUGGUUGGACAAAGGCAUUAUGGGUUUCCGCAUCGAUGCUAUCAACCAUCUCUUCGAAGAUUCCAAACUGCGUGAUGAACCCCGCACUGGCAAAACUGAUGACAAACAUUCCUAUGAAUACACCGAGCACAUUUAUACCAAAGAUCAGCCCGAAGUUUUGGAUAUGUUGCAACACUGGCGUCAACUGUUGGAUGACUACACAACCAAACAUGGUGGCCACACACGCAUUCUGAUGACCGAAGCCUAUGCUGAUUUGAAAACACUGAUGGACUACUAUGAAACCGAAGACGGCAAGCAGGGUGCACACUUUCCAUUCAACUUUAAUUUCAUCACCGAUUUGAAUGAGCAAUCGGAUGCGCGCGACUUUGUGUUCAACAUACAGAAGUGGUUGACUUAUAUGCCGCGCGGACACACUGCCAACUGGGUCAUGGGCAAUCAUGAUAACGCGCGAAUGGCAACACGUUUCGGUCCCAAGCUAGUCGAUGCCAUGCAUAUGCUGAUGAUGACACUACCCGGCGUGGCGGUAACCUAUAAUGGUGAGGAAAUUGGCAUGCAAGACCAUCGCGAUAUCACCUGGGAGGAAACUGUCGACCCACCAGCACGUAAUGUUGGACGUGAGCAGUACAUGCAGGUGACGCGCGAUCCGGCGCGUACACCCUUUCAGUGGAAUAUGCAAAAGCAAGCUGGUUUCUCCAGCGCUGAGAAGACGUGGCUGCCUGUGAACCCCAACUACAAAAAUUUGAAUUUGAAGAAACAAAUGUCGGAGAAGAGUCACUACUCGGUGUAUAAGGCGCUAGUGGAACUACGCAAAAUGCCAGCGCUGCGCAAAGGACGCUUCCAUGCUGAGGUGAUCAAUCGUGAUGUGUUUGCUUUCGAAAGGGAAAUCAAAGACGAAAACUCCAUCAUUACUGUCAUCAAUAUUGGGCAACGCGCACGCGCCGUGAAUUUGACUGAAAUUUUCGAUCUGAAAUAUCAACAAAAGCUUACUGUGUUAGUCGCGGGAUCCAAGUCUACGCAUGAGACUGGUGAAGUGCUACCCGCCGAAGCUUUGCCGUUGGCACCCUAUGAAGGUCUCGUUUGCAUGCUCGAGUAAAUAAUCCCGGUUGCAUAAGAAUUUGCCUGAAAUGUAUGCUGAAAUUUGAGCUGAGCACUCUUACCAUCACAAGAAAUUGUGAAUGUGUUUUUAUCGAUUUAACAAGUUAUAUAUAUAAGUUGCAUUAUUUAAGUAGAAAAAAAAAAACAAACAAAUAAAUUCUAACACAAAGUG